AUGGAGGAGUUUGACCCUAAUGUUUUGAGUGAGUUCGUGAACAUGGUGGAGGCCGAAACUUUAGACAAAUUUUCUAGUGACAGUUACGAGUGGCUUAAAGGAAAUGGAUGUAUUUUUUCAGUGAAAUCUUAUUAUGAUGUUGUUAAUAAUGGUUCUGUUGGUUUUUCCAUUGGGGGAGAGAUUGUGAAAGCUAUCAAUCAUUUAAGGGAGGUCAAAGUCCCAUCCAAUAUUUUGUUUUUCGGUUGGAGAUUCCUUCUCAACAGGAUUCCCACCAAAGAUCAGCUCUUUAAACAGGGAAUUUUGACGAAUAAAAAUUGUGCCUUUUGCAUGGUUGAUGAUGAAUCUAUUUCUCAUCUUUUUGGUCGUUGUUUAUAUUCGGAUUGCAUCUGGAUCAAGGUAUUCAAUUGGAUUGGUAGUGGGAUGGAAUUGUCUCUAUCGAAACUGGUGUCUUUUUUCCUUCAUUGUGAGAAGGUGAAGAAUAAGGUGAGAAGAUUGAUUACCGCCGUGAUUUGGCUCGCAACGGUUUGGAGCAUUUGGUUGAUGCAGAACACUAUUAUAUUGAAAAAUUCUAUUUUCAAUUUCUAUGAUUGUAUGACAAUGAUUGUCCUUAGAUCGUGGACUUGGUUAUCUGCUUUUUGUAAAACCGUAGAUGGCUGUAAUUUUUCUGUUUGA